AUGUUGCCGUCCUUGCUGGCAGGCGUGCGCAUGCUGGCGUCUACAAUGCUGUGGAACGGCGACCUGCCACCUGCUCCGCCCAUGUCCGGUGCUCUCGUGUCGGGCUGCACCUUCUCCGUCGGUCCACCGGGCCCACCGUCGCCUGCACUGUGCCCGGCCUUCACCGCCCACUGCACGCGCUUUCGAGACGACCUGCGCUCGCAACACGUCCACGCACUCAAAACAUCCACCCCCCUGCAACCAAAGCACGACGAGGACAGAGAUAACCCACUCCGCCACGUCGCAUUUCGAACAGCAUGCACGGGUGGAUGGACAACCGCCUCCGACGCAACCUACCUCUCGGCAUACACCGCCACAUGCAUCGUCGAUGGCACCGACUGGAUCCCCUUUGUCUUUGACGACUUCCUCCAGUCCCAAUUCGGCAAGCCGGACGGCAGUCGUGCCAUCCACUCGGACUUCAUCGGAUGCCAAGUCCCCGCCCACGCCUAA